GACGGGCAGGGACGGGCAGCACCCCAGUUGUCCCCCACGUCGGCAUUCGUGGCAGCUGGGAGCCGAGACUGGCUUGCUCCGGGUCGGUCAGAAGCGGGUUCCCCUGUGACCAGCAGGGUACCUGGAAUGGGCUGCGUGUUCUGCAAGAAGUUGGAGCCAGCGCCCAAGGAGGAUGCCGGCUUAGAAGGAGACUUCAGGAGCUAUGGAGCCUCAGAUCGAUAUGGCCCUGACCCCACUCAGGCCCGGCCUGCAUCCUCCUUUGCCCACAUCCCCAACUACAGCAACUUCUCCUCUCGGCCCACCAGCCCUGCCUUCCUUGAUGCUGGUACCAUCAAGGGCAUCUCAGGCACUGGGGUGACCCUGUUCAUCGCCCUGUAUGACUAUGAGGCCCGGACAGAGGAUGACCUUACCUUCACCAAAGGGGAGAAGCUUCACAUUCUGAACAAUAGUGAAGGUGACUGGUGGGAGGCUCGGUCUCUCAGCUCUGGACAUACCGGCUAUAUUCCCAGCAACUACGUGGCGCCUGUGGACUCCAUCCAGGCUGAGGAGUGGUACUUUGGAAAGAUCGGGAGGAAGGAUGCAGAGAGGCAGCUUCUCUCAUCAGGCAACCCCCAAGGGGCCUUUCUCAUUCGGGAGAGUGAGACCACCAAAGGUGCCUACUCCCUGUCCAUCCGAGAUCGGGACCAGACCAGAGGCGAUCAUGUAAAGCACUACAAGAUCCGCAAGCUGGACACAGGUGGCUACUAUAUUACCACAAGGGCUCAGUUUGAGACGGUGCAGGAGCUGGUACGGCACUACAUGGAGGUGAAUGAUGGGCUGUGCUACCUGCUCACGGCACCCUGCACCACCAUGAAGCCGCAGACGCUGGGCCUGGCUAAGGAUGCUUGGGAGAUCAGCCGCAGCUCCAUCGCGCUCGAGCGCCGACUGGGCACCGGCUGCUUCGGGGAUGUGUGGCUGGGCACGUGGAACGGUAGCACGAAAGUGGCCGUGAAGACGCUGAAGCCGGGCACCAUGUCCCCGAAGGCCUUCCUGGAGGAGGCGCAGGUCAUGAAGCUGCUGCGGCACGACAAGCUGGUGCAGCUGUACGCGGUGGUGUCGGAGGAACCCAUCUACAUCGUGACCGAGUUCAUGUGCCACGGUAGCUUGCUGGAGUUCCUCAAGAACCACGAGGGCCAGGACCUGAGACUGCCCCAACUGGUGGACAUGGCAGCCCAGGUAGCAGAGGGCAUGGCCUACAUGGAGCGCAUGAACUACAUCCACCGAGACCUGAGGAGCCAAAUCCUGGUGGGGGAGCGGCUGGUGUGCAAGAUAGCUGAUUUCGGGCUGGCUCGCCUCAUUGAGGAUAACGAGUACAACCCCCAACAAGGGGCCAAGUUCCCUAUCAAGUGGACAGCCCCAGAGGCUGCCCUCUUUGGCAGAUUCACCAUCAAGUCAGAUGUGUGGUCCUUUGGGAUCCUGCUCACUGAACUCAUCAGCAAGGGCCGAGUCCCUACCCAGGUGGAGCACGGCUACCACAUGCCAUGCCCUCCAGGCUGCCCAGCAUCCCUAUACGAGGCCAUGGAACAGACCUGGCGUAUGGACCCAGAGGAGAGGCCCACCUUCGAGUACCUGCAGUCCUUCCUAGAAGACUAUUUCACCUCCACAGAACCACAGUAUCAGCCUGGGGACCAGACAUAGCCGGAUUGGGCAUUAACCCCUUCUCUGGGGGUGCCCCCAAGCCUUGCCAAUCCCCAGGGCUCUGGUCCCAAGCUUCCAGGAUUAGAACCCUAUAGAGUCCUAGAGAGGCUCUGACACCAUCUUGGGCAACCUACUUGUUUUCUAGAUGGGGCAAAUGGAGACUAGGAGCUCACCUCUCCCCUACUCCCCCAAGCACUAUCUAAAUCUAGGGCCCCCUGCCCAUUUCACAGAUGGAGGAAAUGAAUGCUCAGAGCUCAUCUCUCACCCAUUCUGACCCCAACCACUAUUUCUCCCCUUCCACUUAGGUCCCUACAUGCCACUAGCCUGUCUCCUCCACUGCCCCAAAAUGCUCACACCUGGUCUAGUUAUUUAUAAAAUUGUAUUUUCCUUCCCUCACUUUAUCUCCUUUCCCUUCCUAUCCUCCCCAUCACCCUACUCUGGUCCAAGCCCCAAGAAUUUGUCUCCUCCUCUCGGCUCUCUUGGGUCUGUAAGUUACAGAUUCAGGGAACGUCUUGGACUCCUUCCUGUUGGCUGCAUGCUCUGCUCCAGGACUGAGGUCCAGACCCAAGUUUGAGGGGGAGUAUUGCUGAAGGCCACCAGCUCUCUGAAUAGUGUGUGUUUAUUGGUUAUGUAAAUAAGGAAAAUGAUGAUACAAAUCCUUGAACCAUGAAAAAACUCCCUGAG